AUGCCGUACAACACUCGUCGCAAGUCACUAUCCCUCCCAUCCUUGGGAAUUCACCUCCCAAAUUCCACUCGUCGUUCUCCCUCUAUCUCAAAAGUCCACAGCGAUGAGCAACCCACAAAAAAAGUCAAGAGAUCGCACGGUGCUUCAUUAUCACCUGAACCCUCCGACAAGAUGAUGCGCGCUGGCCGACGUGGACUCUUUGAGUUUACACCGCCCCCUUCGCCGAUGGAUGGAGUGCUUGCGCCCAAGAUCGAUACAGAAGGAAUUAACGACGACAUCGUUAUCGCUGUAAUCAACCAAUUAGAGAAGACUGGCAAUCGCCCUCAUCUGGUGAAAGAAUUGGCCGCAGUCCUGGUCACACUAAAUGUCAAUGUCGCGAAUUCCGCCAAUCCCGCUGCGCUGCUCUCGUCGCGCUUAGCUGCCUAUAUGAAGCGUCCUUGGACCGCCCUCUCGCCAUGUCCGAUGGCCAAGGAGCUUAUUUUAAUUCAUCCGCGCAAAGUGUACUACUAUCUUACUACGUUUCCCCACCAACCCAUUCCGGAGACCGACGAUCUGGUAUCUGCCGUGGGUAGUAAGCACCUCACACCCAGUGUGUCCAGUCUCGAGGAUGAGGAAGACGCGAUGGUGCGGGAACGUAGCCCCAGUCCCGAAGUGGACUUGUCGUCCCCCGACUUCGAGGAGCAUGGUGAUUUGAACCCCUCGGCUAGCCAUGGCGGUUCUUCUAAUCACUUCUCCACCGCUAGUAAUUUGACGCGUCUUAUGAACUCGCACCGUGCCGCUUCUCCGCCCCUGGAGGGUGACGAGAAGGAAUUUACACAAACUGCCAGCGCCGUGCGUGAGCGUGCAUCCGAGGAAAAAGCCGAGUCGAGCCGUAGCCAGUCCAUCCUGUCCGAGAGCCUGAGCGCCUUGGAGGACCGCGAUACGCGCAUGUCUGAAUCGCCUAUGAAUGGUGGUUCCAUGUCUCCGUCUCUGCCUGGCGACGGUAUGUCCGAAGAAGAGUAUAGUGACUACUUCUCGCACAUGCCCAUCGACCAAAUGGCCCAGGAUCUGGACGAGGCUGCCGCGACUGCCCUGUUUGGCACCUCCCCCUCUCCUUCCCUCACCUCUAUCGCAUCGUCUGUCUCGUCUGGCACGAGCGCAUUGACAGAUAUGGGUGUGGAUGGCGAGGAGCUUGCCGGCGCUCUGGUUGCCCCCCAGAUCAGCCUCCCCGAAGAUCCCGAUGCGGCCCCUGUUUCGUCCCUCAAGCGCUCGCUUGAUAUGUUGAACAGCGGCCUCCCAGACGUCGACCUGAAGAUGUCGGAUCUAACGGAAUCGCACGAGAGGCUCACCCUUACCCCUCGCGCUAUCUCUAUGAACUCGGAGCCUGUCUUCGAGUCCUGGAGAGAAUUGCAAAACCCGGAGAUGGUGGAAGUCGACGAGCUCGACGAGAUGUUUGGCGAAUUCUAA